UUUCACCAGGCAACAGAUGUAUCCCAUAAUGACAGAGGAUAAAUAGUCAAAGUCAAUGACUUGUUUCCAUGGUGGUCCUCUAUUGGUUGGCCACGGUGGUCCUCUAUUGGUUGGCCAUGGUGUUCCUCUAUUGGUUGGCCAUGGUGUUCCUCUAUUGGUUGGCCACGGUGGUCCUCUAUUGGUUGGCCAUGGUGUUCCUCUAUUGGUUGGCCAUGGUGUUCCUCUAUUGGUUGGCCAUGGUAGUCCUCUAUUGGUUGGCCAUGGUGGUCAUCUAUUGGUUGGCCAUGGUGGUCCUCUAUUGGUUGGCCAUGGUAGUCCUCUAUUGGUUGGCCAUGGUAGUGUUCUAUUUGUUGGCCAUGGUGGUCCUCUAUUGGUUGGCCAUGGUAGUGUUCUAUUGGUUGGCCAUGGUAGUCCUCUAUUGGUUGGCCAUGGUGUUCCUCUAUUGGUUGGCCACGGUGGUCCUCUAUUGGUUGGCCAUGGUGUUCCUCUAUUGGUUGGCCAUGGUGUUCCUCUAUUGGUUGGCCAUGGUAGUCCUCUAUUGGUUGGCCAUGGUGGUCAUCUAUUGGUUGGCCAUGGUGGUCCUCUAUUGGUUGGCCAUGGUAGUCCUCUAUUGGUUGGCCAUGGUAGUGUUCUAUUUGUUGGCCAUGGUGGUCCUCUAUUGGUUGGCCAUGGUAGUGUUCUAUUGGUUGGCCAUGGUAGUCCUCUAUUGGUUGGCCAUGGUGUUCCUCUAUUGGUUGGCCACGGUGGUCCUCUAUUGGUUGGCCAUGGUGUUCCUCUAUUGGUUGGCCAUGGUGUUCCUCUAUUGGUUGGCCAUGGUAGUCCUCUAUUGGUUGGCCAUGGUGGUCAUCUAUUGGUUGGCCAUGGUGGUCCUCUAUUGGUUGGCCAUGGUAGUCCUCUAUUGGUUGGCCAUGGUAGUGUUCUAUUUGUUGGCCAUGGUGGUCCUCUAUUGGUUGGCCAUGGUAGUGUUCUUUUGGUUGGCCAUGGUAGUCCUCUAUUGGUUGGCCAUCGUGGUCCUCUAUUGGUUGGCCAUGGUAGUCCUCUACUGGUUGGCCAUUGUGGUCCUCUAUUGGUUGGCCACGAUAGUCCUCUAUUGGUUGGCCAUGGUAGUCCUCUAUUGGUUGGCCACGGUAGUCCUCUAUUGGUUGGCCAUUGUGGUCCUCUAUUGGUUGGCCACGGUAGUCCUCUACUGCUAUUAACCCAACCACCCAACUAUAUGUGAUGAAGUGAAAAGCCCCCCCCCCCCCACCAGCUAAUAUAGAACAUGAACUGUGGUCAGAGAAGGAGGAGUGGUUUGUUUUAAAGGUACAGGAUUGUUUUAUUUAUUCAACCCCAUCUGAACAUAUUAUAUUGUUUAGCAUUCCCAGAAGCAUUUGGUGCACAUACAGUUAGGUAUUAUAUCUCAGACCGACUUACUAAUGCCAGAUAGCUUAAAACAAUGUAAGAAAAACCUCAAUGUAAAUAAUAUAUAAUAAUAAUAAUAUAAUAAUAUAAAUUGCACUAGAAUGAUACAUUUAUGGAUUUUCAUUAAGGUAUUGUUUUCACUUCAUUCAACCCGCCUACCAGACACCCGCCCUUCAUCCACACAGUAUUUCAUGACCCUAAACACACAGAUUUAACCGUGGGGACUGCAGAUGAAACCCACACAUCACUAGUUGGUACCGCAACACUGUUACUAUCUAUUAGGAUGGUACCCCAACACUGUUACUAUCCAUUAGGUUGAUACCCCAACACUGUUACUAUCCAUUAGGAUGGUACCCCAACACUGUUACUAUCCAUUAGGAUGGUACCCCAACACUGUUACUAUCCAUUCUACCAUUAGGUUGAUACCCCAACACUGUUACUAUCCAUUCUACCAUUAGGUUGAUACCCCAACACUGUUACUAUCCAUUCUACCAUUAGGUUGAUACCCCAACACUGUUACUAUCCAUUCUACCAUUAGGUUGAUACCCCAACACUGUUACUAUCCAUUCUACCAUUAGGUUGGUACCCCAACACUGUUACUAUCCAUUCUACCAUCAGGUUGGUACCCCAACACUGUUACUACCCAUUCUACCAUUAGGUUGGUACCCCAACACUGUUACUGUCCAUUCUACCAUUAGGUUGGUACCCCAACACUGUUACUAUCCAUUCUACCAUUAGGUUGGUACCCCAACACUGUUACUAUCCAUUCUACCAUUAGGUUGGUACCCCAACACUGUUACUAUCCAUUCUACCAAUAGGUUGGUACCCCAACACUGUUACUAUCCAUUCUACCAUUAGGUUGGUACCCCAACACUGUUACUAUCCAUUCUACCAUUAGGUUGGUACCAGAACACUGUUACUAUCCAUUCUACCAUUAGGUUGGUACCCCAACACUGUUACUAUCCAUUCUACCAUUAGGUUGGUACCCCAACACUGUUACUAUCCAUUCUACCAUUAGGUUGGUACCCCAACACUGUUACUAUCCAUUCUACCAUUAGGUUGGUACCCCAACACUGUUACUAUCCAUUCUACCAUUAGGUUGGUACCAGAACACUGUUACUAUCCAUUCUACCAUUAGGUUGGUACCCCAACACUGUUACUAUCCAUUCUACCAUUAGGUUGGUACCCCAACACUGUUACUAUCCAUUCUACCAUUAGGUUGGUACCAGAACACUGUUACUAUCCAUUCUACCAUUAGGUUGGUACCCCAACACUGUUACUAUCCAUUCUACCAUUAGGUUGGUACCCCAACACUGUUACUAUCCAUUCUACCAUUAGGUUGGUACCCCAACACUGUUACUAUCCAUUCUACCAUUAGGUUGGUACCCCAACACUGUUACUAUCCAUUCUACCAUUAGGUUGGUACCCCAACACUGUUACUAUCCAUUCUACCAUUAGGUUGGUACCCCAACACUGUUAAUCUGAAGCAUUGACCAAAGAUAGGGGUCAAUCUCCCCAAGAAUGUUG